AAUGAGCGUGGUUAAAGAGGAAGAUAAGGCCCUUUUCACUGGAUAUGACUUCUACGAAGUAUACAAGAGUUCAGAAUUCCUGCAAGUGGAAGCUAACAUCGAGUGGUUCCUGAACCAGGGUUACAAGUUGAGGCACCUCAUGAAGAAAGUGGAACCCGGAAAAAACGUCGUGCUGAAAGGGAUGUGGCUCGCGAAGAACUCACCGUUAAUCGUAAAGCGAACAGGACUGAAAGUACCUGUCGAAAUCUUCGAAUUCACCCAAAACAGGCUCACGGGGUUGGUCGCGGCGUUCGUAUUCGAAAACCGCCUGAAAUUCCCCAAAAUCGAGAGCGAAGAAGCCAAACUACUUGGCCUUAAAUGGAACAACGAAGACACUGAACAAUGCAGGCUGUACCUCUCAGCGGUAACUGGUUCAGAACACUUUGAUCAUCUGUUCUCAUUCUGGCCACUCAUUUGCGCCUUAAGAAAACUUCAACUAAAGAAAAUUGACGAGAACUCGGUGAUAAAAAUUGCUAAAAAGAAGAACAGAGAUGAGGAACGAAUGGCUCUCUUGUUGAAGACAAAUUAUCAGGAGGCAAUGCGGCUGUGGCUCAAGUUUCCUGGAGCAUCUCCGUUAGAGGCUUCACUGGCCGUAAUUUCCUCUGAAAAAUUGAGAGAAGUCUUCUCUAACGAGUGAAAGAUGCUUCUUUCAUUUCAAACGGCUUCAAAUUUUUCUUAAUAAGUAAUUCUUCGAACUCAUUUUUUUAUCAUUCGAAAUCAAGUUUUAACGUUAUCUUUUGUAUUAUUGCUAACUGAACAGUUAGUUAUUCAUUUCAUAAUGUAAACUUUUUAAUAACAAAGUUUUAAUUAUUGUUUAGUGUAAACAAACUCUUAAUUAUAGGCUGGCACAAGGCUCGUAUUGUUUAUUAUAACGAUGUGUCAAAAUAUUAAACAAACCACAAACUUUUAAAAAUAACCUGUUUCUCACGAAU